AUGCGAAAGUUGGAAUGGGACGACUUGGGAGUGAAGGUUGAUGGUCGGCAGCUACACCAUUUGCGUUUUGCUGAUGACAUCGUACUGAUAACACCUACCAUCAGCCAAGCGGAACCAAUGCUGACCGAAUUCGACGAAACAUGUGGAUGCAUCGGUCUUCAGCUGAAUCUACAAAAGACGAUGUUCAUGCGGAACGGAUGGGUUUCGAAUGCCCCAUUCACGCUCAACGGAACGAACAUAUCCGAAUGCACCAGCUACGUUUAUCUGGAUCGGGAACUGAACAUGAUGAACGACCUGACCCUCAAGCUGGGCAGGAGGAGACGAGCGGCAUGUUAA